CCGGUGGCGGACUGGGCAUGCUCGGCGGCCCGGGAGGCUCACGGUGGCAAAGUCGGAAGCGUUCGCACCGGGGAGGCAGAGGCAGGGGCGGCGGCGACAGCGGUCACGGACGGGAGCGGGAAGGGCCAGGGAAGGCUGCUUUCCCCUUGCUCCCGGCGAACCGGCCAGAGAGCGGGAUCAGGGUGCAGAGCCCCGACAGUGCCCUGCUCCGGCUUUCAUCCCGCGGCGGGGGGCUUGGCCAGCGGAAUUCCGGCGGCUGCCGCGACUCCGGUGCUAGGUGAGGGCAGCAUGAAUGACCCCUGAGUGUGCCUUUGGGCACAUUUCGCCGUUCGUUUUUGAUUAGGAGAAAGAAGACAGCCAUCCACUUGAAAGGCAAAGCUUCAGUGACUGAGAGAGUUGUGGAUUUCCUGAAUUUCAAGAACAGUGAAGUAGGAAGUGAAGGACGGCGUAAGAAAGACAACAUGUACACCAUUGAGUCCUCUGGGAUUGACAAACAUGUCUGGUUGGGAAACAUAUGAAAUAGAAGACAAAACCUGCCCCAGGAAGUGUACAUGAGAAUAACUUUAAAGGAACCUGUCAAUAAAUGCGCAACAGUGGCUGUUGGAGGUGACAGAAAUGUACUGGAACAAUGGGAAAAGCCAGUAACUUAUAGGAAGCCAAGAUGACAAGAAUUUUUUUAAAUAAUCAGUUCUCUGGCCACGCCUUCAGAAUCAGACAAAAAAAUGGAUUAAUAAAGAAAAGCAAACAAGUUUAUUAAUACCUGUGGAACAUACACAUGGGAGCAGUGAGUAACUCAUAGAAGAAAGAACCUUGUUGAAAAAUGAGCUGAAUGAAGGCUUGGACACUCAAGAACCCUGGACAACUGCAUGAGGUGUUUGAAAACUGCCCCGACCCUCUCGCCACCCCAGUCUCUGUCAUGAGGCCUGACAGGAUGAGCACACCGCGGAGGGCCCGCGUCCUGCUCUGUAGGCACGGUGACUGCUGACCCGCCGAGAGCAAGCUGGGGACCGCUUGCUGUCUGCCAGCACAAUGAAGGAGGUGGUUUACUGGUCACCCAAGCAGGUGGCAGACUGGCUGCUGGAGAAUGCCAUGCCAGAAUACUGCGAGCCUCUGGAGCACUUCACAGGCCGGGACUUGAUCACCCUAACCCUGGAGGAUUUCACAAAACCCCCCUUGUGCCGAGUGUCCUCCGACAACGGUCAGCGGCUCUUGGACAUGAUAGAGACCCUGAAAAUGGAGCACCACAUGGAAGAACACAAGAACGGCCAUGCCAACGGGCACCUGAGCAUUGGCACAGGCGCCCCCGCACCUGACGGCAGCUUCAGCAUCAAGGUCAAACCCAACGGGAUGCCAAACGGGUAUAGGAAGGAGAUGAUAAAGAUCCCCAUGCCAGAACUGGAACGCUCCCAGUACCCCAUGGAGUGGGGCAAGACUUUUCUGGCCUUUCUUUACGCACUUUCCUGUUUUGUUCUCACCACAGUGAUGAUUUCGGUCGUCCAUGAACGCGUACCUCCUAAGGAGAAGCAGCCUCCACUCCCGGACACAUUUUUUGACCAUUUUAACCGGGUGCAGUGGGCCUUUUCUAUUUGCGAAAUUAAUGGCAUGAUCCUCGUAGGACUCUGGUUAAUUCAGUGGCUGCUCUUAAAAUACAAGUCUAUUAUUAGCAGAAGAUUUUUCUGCAUAGUUGGCACGCUGUACCUGUAUCGGUGUAUUACAAUGUAUGUAACUACACUCCCAGUACCUGGUAUGCAUUUCAACUGCUCUCCGAAGCUUUUUGGAGACUGGGAAGCCCAGCUGCGGAGAAUAAUGAAGCUCAUUGCUGGUGGCGGCCUGUCCAUCACUGGCUCUCAUAACAUGUGUGGAGACUAUCUGUACAGCGGCCACACGGUCAUGCUCACACUCACCUACUUAUUUAUCAAAGAGUAUUCGCCUCGACGACUCUGGUGGUACCACUGGAUUUGCUGGCUUCUCAGCGUGGUUGGAAUCUUCUGUAUUCUCUUAGCGCAUGACCACUACACUGUGGACGUGGUGGUGGCGUAUUACAUCACCACGAGACUCUUCUGGUGGUACCACACUAUGGCCAAUCAGCAAGUGCUAAAAGAAGCUUCCCAGAUGAACCUCUUGGCCAGGGUGUGGUGGUACAGGCCGUUUCAGUACUUUGAAAAGAAUGUCCAAGGAAUUGUACCUCGAUCUUACCAUUGGCCCUUCCCCUGGCCAGUAGUCCACCUCAGGAGGCAAGUGAAAUAUAGCCGGUUGGCGAAUGACACAUAACAGCUGUACACAGUGGGGGAACGAGGAACUGUCCGAAGUGCUAAGAACUCCGUGAGAGAAGAUGCCAUAAAAUAAACACCUCCCUAAUCCUACUAUCUUUCAACAAUUACCUUGACUUAACCUAUUGAGUUACCUGGUCAGCACUGUGAUCUUUUUUUCUCUCCAAAGGACCUGCGUUGGAAACAAUAAAGAAAAUGUCACCUAUCAUGCACUGGACACAUUUCCUGUUCAUGAGUUUGGGAUUUACAUAACCUGCAGCCACCACGUUCCUUUGUAUAUGAUGCAACAGCAUAAAUGUGAGCUUUUAUAUCAUAAGUUCUGGUCUUUCCAGUCACAUCUGGAAAUAAAGUGUAUUAUUUUCUUGGGAAAACAUACUUUUCAUAUCUCUUGCCCCAAAGAUUGGGCUCUAAGCCAUUUUCUAGCAAAUGUCUCUAUGAAGGUUUCUAAGCACCUGAACGGGGUUCGAUUCUGAAAUCUUUCUACCUGUUGCACCGAUAUUCAAGUAAAAAUGACAGACACAGAAAGGUUUAGUAACUUUGGGUUUUGUAAAAUCAGCAGAGACAAUGUGUCAAAAAGUGCAAAAAAAAAAGAUUCUGUUGUAAAGUGAUUUUCUAAGUAUUUCCUAACUUUAUUUUUCAAAUGAUGUUAUGAAAACCAAAUUUAAAGAUUUUUACAUGUCAAAGAGAAGAGAGUUAAAAUUUAAAACUGCUACUUGGGAGAGAAAUUUGUCUAUGUUUCUAGUGCCUUUCUUGUCUUGAUUGUAUGGUCAGUAGGCGAUCUUAAAUGUUUUUAUUUAAUAUAAAGUAUUCCACGAAAAUAUAAAUGUAUGUAUACACUACUCAAUUUUGCAUUUAUAGCUAAAUUAAAUCAGAAGGCUGCUUACAGUUUUUCAAUUGCUUUGAAUUAAAGAAGGGGUUGGGGGUGUAAUUAGAAAGUCCAAGCCUGUUCCCAUAUUGUGAGCAGGUGGCAAUGACAUUGUGCCACUUAAAUUAUUUCCUCUAUUUGGUAGUUCAGUUUUAACUAUACAAUGAAAACAGCCAUGAAUACUUUUUUUAAAAAGCGAGUUUUGAAAAUGAUCACUUAACUAAAACUUGAAAGGUUUGAAUUAGUUAUCCAUACUCUCACGACAAUUUUGUUGGUGAACAACAAAAAAGAGAUCUAUUUCUUUAAAAUAUCUAUGUGCAGAAACUGCAUGUAAUUCUUAAGUUUUACUCCUAACAUAUGUAUGUUGGGGAAGUAUUCUAUACUUGCCAAUGUGGAGAACAAAAUAGUUUUUUAAGAAUGAAGAAGUAUAUAUAUCCAUUCUGUAUGUUGUGUGCGGCAGAACUCUCUUCCGUAGGGCUUUUUUGUGUGUGUGUGUGUUCACGAGGUGAUAUUUGUAUUGUAAAACAAUAAUGGUGAAGGAAAUAAAAAGGCUUUUAAAAUUUUGUUUGUUUUAAAUCUUUGUAAAGUUUAUCCAGAGAGUAUACUGAUAUCUUAACAGCCUACCUAGAUCAUAAAUUAAUCAAAAUGCACUUUUUAAUAAAAACUGAUACUUAAAAACAAA